GCCAUCACUGCCACCACCAUCACCACCACCAUCACCACCACCACCACCACCAUCUCGCCGUCGCUCGCGCUCGACCGGCAUGCACUCGUGGCCAAUUGAUCGCCGUCUCUAUUUUUGCACGACCCCGGCGACUGGCAUCGGCCACUGAGCGCUGGCCUGGCCGCGAUUGGCUUGUCUCUCAUCCUGUCCUUCCAUCGGAUCUUGCUUGAGUUUGCCGCCUCUCAUCUGGAUCAGAUCAAGCCUCGCUCCACCUCAACCAAUUGCCUCGUUGCCGAGCUUGCAAAGGCUGUUCUCUCGCAGCAUCCUGCUCCGCCCGCCCCGGCCAUGAUCCAAACCCUUCGAAGCCUCCGUCCCUUCUCGCCUCUCUCCCGAGCGGCCUCGCCCCGCUUCUUCACCACAGCCUCCUCGGCCUCUCCACGGCCCUCGAUCCCGGUGGUGACGCUCUAUACCCGGCAGUACUGCGGUCUCUGCGAGGAAGCCCUCGAGGCCAUACAGCGCGUUCAGAAAAAGAUCGACUUUGAUUACGUCCUCGUCGACAUCGACAAGCGAGAGAACAAAGAAUGGCUCCGGGUGUACAUGUACGAUGUCCCGGUGCUGCACGUCAAUGGCGAGCCCUUUAUGAUGCAUGCCGUCGAUGAGGCGCUCUUGGAACAAGAAAUCAUUAGUGUGUCAAAGUGAACCCUGGCGGUCUCGGGAGGGCGAUCGAUUGGGCAAUCACCAAUUCCUCGAUGAGCGAGAACGUCUCAAUCCGGCCUUCGGAUAUUCACUCGCCCCCCCCCGAUCCAGCGUUUGAAUGUCCUCGAACUCGACCGAAUAAAGUCUCUGCCUCCGGCCCAUACACCAAAUUUGCCACAACAGCGCAGUCUCGCAGUCUCGCUUCGGCACCAACGGCCCUGGGCAGCACCAAACGCGGCACAGCCAAUUUGCCAUUCAGCGCCCCUAACACGCCCUGGGGUUUCUGCAAUGCCGACUGUGUUGGUGAGUCUCUGUAUUCAAUACAAACGCGGAGUGCGUCGAAUGCAA